AUGUCUGGACGGGACGCCCUCAACAUGAAGCAACCGCCGAUCCAGUCCACGGCUGGUGCUGUGCCGAUUCGAAAUGAGAAAGGUGAGAUUUCGAUGGAGAAGGUGAAGGUGAAGCGCUAUGUGUCGGGUAAACGUCCCGACUAUGCUCCCAUGGACUCCUCUGACGAGGAGGAGGAGGACUUCCAGUUUAUAAAAAAGGCUAAGGAUGCUGAGCCUGAGAUGGAAAUGGAGGAAGAGGUGGUGUCUGACCCCCGUCUCAAGCGUCUGCUAAACCGCGUCUCUGAGGAUGCGGAGGAGAGGUUGGCAAGACACAGACAGAUCGCAGAGCCGGAGGUGGUUGCAGAGAGCAGUGAAGACUCCGACGAGGGAACCUGGCACCCGGAGAGAGCACCCGAAGAGAGCAGUGACGAAGAGGAGGAGGAAGAGGAAGAAGUGGACGAUGAGGAAAUCGAGAGGCGGCGAGCGAUGAUGCGCCAGCGAGCGCAGGAGCGGAAGAACGAGGACAUGCCGGAGAUCAUGGAGGUGGAGGAAGAAGGGAAUUCGGGAGCGGAGAAGGAGGAGUCGGAGUCAGAGUACGAGGAGUACACGGACAGUGAAGAUGAGGCCGAGCCGCGGCUAAAACCAGUCUUCAUCCGCAAGAAGGACCGAGUAACAGUGGCGGAGCGCGAGGCGGACGAGCUCAAACAGCGGGAGCUGGAGGCGGAGGCCAAGAAGCAGGUGGAGGAGCGGCGGCGCUACACCCUGAAGAUCGUGGAGGAGGAGGCCAAGAAGGAGUUUGAGGAGAACCGCCGCACUCUGGCUGCUCUCGACUCCCUGGACACGGACGGGGAGAAUGAGGAGGAGGAGUACGAGGCGUGGAAGGUCCGGGAGCUCAAGCGCAUCAAGAGGGACCGGGAGGCCCGUGAAGCAAUGGAGAAAGAGAAGUCUGAGAUUGAGAGGUUCCACAGCCUCACCGAGGAGGAGCGCAGGGCCGAGCUGCGGAAUAAUGGCAAACAGAUCACAAACAAGGCCUCUAAGGGCAAAUAUAAGUUCCUCCAGAAGUACUACCACAGAGGAGCCUUCUUCAUGGACGAAGAGGAGAAUGUGUUCAAGAGAGACUUCAGUGCCCCCACUCUGGAGGACCACUUCAACAAAACCAUCCUCCCCAAAGUCAUGCAGGUCAAGAACUUUGGUCGCUCCGGACGCACUAAGUACACCCACCUGGUGGAUCAGGACACCACAUCGUUUGACUCAGCCUGGGCUCAGGAGAGCGCUCAGAACAGCAAGUUCUUUAAGCAGAAGGCUGCAGGAGUGAGAGAUGUGUUUGACCGACCAACAGUGCAAAAGAGGAAGACCUGAAUCUAAGUUGAGGGGGAAGAGAGACACACUUGGGGUGUGUUCAUUGGGAUGAAAUGUUGCAGAUGGAAAUGAACUACACUUCACUGAAGUAUAUUCUAUGGCCAUACAUUUACCUGCAAUAUCUUGAAUGCACCAACCCUUUGAGCAAGGCCCUGGGUUUAGGGCUAUGCCCUGAUGCUUCAUAGAGGCAUAUUGAUGUAAUUUUGUACAUUUUCAAAGUUGUGUAGCUAUUUUGUUUUAUCGCCAUUGAUCUGACAUCUGUUAAUUUCUUCUAACUUGGAUAUAAAGUGUACGUGAUUAAAACAUAACAUUUUCA